UCGCAUGAUGUGGUCAGGAGUUUAAAGGAGUGUGUGUUUCGAGGUCUGUUUUCUGAGCAGGACAUGAUGGAUCGAGCAGCUCUCAGACUGAUUCUCUUGAGCGUCUUUCUCAUCUCAGCCAGUUCACAACCUGUUAAGAAGAAACAAGAUGUGGAUAUAUACAGCUUCUACAUUAACUCCACGGUCACCAGUCGCUACGCCACAACGGUCAUCACAAGCCGUGUGGCGAACACACUGAAUGAAUCUCAAGAGAUCCAGUUUGAGGUCAAGAUACCCAAGACUGCCUUCAUCAGCAAAUUCAGAAUGACCAUAGAGGGGAAGACAUAUGAUGGUGUGGUGAAGGAAAAACAGGAAGCUCAGCAGCAGUACAGUGAAGCAGUAUCUCGAGGACAAAGUGCUGGACUGAUCAAAUCUGUUGGAAGGACUUUAGAAGACUUUAAAACUUCAGUGUCGGUGGCUGCUUUUAGUAAAGUGACCUUUGAGUUGACCUACGAAGAACUGCUAAAGCGCCGCCUCGGCAAAUAUGAGUUACUCAUCAAUGCCCAACCGAUGCAGCCGGUGGCAGAUUUCAAGAUGGAUGUACACAUCCAAGAGAAACCAGGAAUUUCCUUCUUGGAGGUGAAAGGAGAUUUGAGCACCGGUGAUCUGGCCAAUGCCAUCAAAACCACCAGAGCAGACAAAGACGCAUGGGUGACCUUCUACCCCACUCGAGAUCAACAGACCAAGUGUAAAAGCUGUGGAGAAAAUGGGCUGAAUGGUGACCUGCUUAUAACAUACGAUGUUGAGAGAUUAAAUCCUAAAGGAGAAGUCAUGGUAUCAAAUGGCUAUUUUGUCCACUACUUUGCACCCUCUGAUGUUCCACGUAUUCCCAAAAAUGUGGUGUUUAUCAUUGACCGGAGCGGUUCUAUGCACGGCAGAAAAAUAGAUCAGACUCGUUUGGCACUGCUAAAGAUUUUAAGUGAUCUUGAUGAGGAUGACCACUUUGGAUUGAUCACCUUUGAUCAUUUAGUUCUUACAUGGAAGCAUGAACUCCUGAAAGCUACCAAGCAAAACCUGAAGAAAGCAAAAUCCUUUGUGAAGGAUAUCAGAGCGAGAGGAAACACAAACAUAAACGCUGCAGUUCUAGCAGGAAUGGACAUGAUCAAUCGACAUCCACAAGAGGGAACCACCUCCAUCCUGAUCCUGCUGACUGAUGGAGAUCCCACUUCAGGUGAAACUAACAUAGAGAGGAUAAUGGCCAAUGUGAAAAAGGCCAUUGGGCUGAAGUUUCCCCUCUAUUGUCUUGGUUUUGGACAUGAUGUUAACUUUGACUUCCUGACAAAGAUGUCACUGGAAAAUGGUGGAGUCGCUCGCAGGAUUUAUGAAGAUUCGGACGCUGAUCUACAGCUGCAGGGCUUCUAUGAUGAAGUUGCCGUCCCUCUCCUCGCUGAUAUUCAACUUAAAUACACAGGAGGGACAAACCUUACCAAGAUCAUCUUUAACCUGUACUUCAACGGCUCUGAGAUUGUGGUUUCAGGACAAAUCACAGACAACAGAGUGGAGAGUUUCAGCACUGAAGUCAUUGCAGUAUCAAAAGGCAGUAGUGUGACGUAUCAGGACACUGUAAUGAUAAAAGACCCCAGUGAUGUCCCACCUGAGAAUGAAGAUUUCAUGCAGAGACUGUGGGCCUACCUUACAGUGAAGCAACUUCUGGAAAGGCAGUAAGUUUAUGGAGUGAUAUGACAUUUUGCGUUUUAAAUUGGACAUUGAGGACAUCUUUCUGUCUCAGGGUGCUUCUUAAAGGACAAGAGAAAGAGGAUGAAGA